AUGUGUAGCAACGUCCAAAAGAAAAACAAGUUUGCGGUGAAGAAAACUGAGGCCAAGAAAGAGAGAGGCUACAUUGUUUCGCUCGCUCCUCCCUUGUCCUCGCUCGACGGCGCCGCCAGCGCCGCCUUCUUCCACCGGCAUGCCGAAUCCCGCGGAUCCCUCUCCCCCGCCGGAGGAAUGCGGCACUUGGACUCUCGUCAGGCCGAGAGACUCACGGACGACCUCAUUGUGGAGAUCCUCUCGCGCGUGCCCGCCAAAUCGCUGUGCCGCUUCAAGUGCGUCUCGAAGCACUGGCUGAGCCUCACCAACGAACGGAAAUACUGCAAGAAGCUGCCCCAGACCCUGGCCGGAGUCUUCUACAGCUGCCCGAGCGGGGACGGGUUCCUGGAACCAUUUGUCCAGUUCACCAGUGCCACGCCGAGGUGCCGCUCUCCGGUCUGCACCUCUCUCGCCUUCCUGCCCAACCACCAGCGCGCCAUCCUCUUGGACGGGUGCAACGGCCUGCUCCUCGUGCUAUGGUGCCCCAGUGCACAGGGUCCCGAGUGCUACUACGUCGUGUGCAAUCCUGCGACGGAGAAGUGGGUUGCAUUGCCGGACCCCAACCAGGUCAAUAAGGAGGACGUAUUGCAUCUGGGUCUGAGUUUCGAUCUGGCCGUGUCCUCCCAUUUCCAUGUGUUUGCGUUCCUGAAGAAGAAGGAUGGCUGUGAGUGGGACCCCUACUGGUGUGGAGUGGAGGUGUAUUCGUCUGAAACCGGAACAUGGGUUUAUAAGGAUAAUGUGUGGAACGGAGAUAUUAUGCUCGCUAAUCAUCAGUCAGCAUCUGUGUUUCUUGACGGCUACAUGCAUUUCCACGCCUUUCACCGUGAGCCAUCAUACCGUUGUCUAGCUGUGGUGGACACUAAGGGGGAAACAGCGACACACUUCCGUGUUCCUGGAGGUAUCUAUCAAGGUUUUAUUCAGAAGUCGCAGGGAUGCUUGCAUUAUGCAAAUUUUCAGAGAGAUGAAGGCAGUGCUGUAAUUCGAUUUGUAGUCUAUGUUCUCAAGGACUAUGGCAGCAAAGAAUGGACAUUGAAGCAUAGCAGCGAAACAUCAUACAUAUUUGGAGAGAAUCUUGCUUACCUUCAUCCGCAUUUCGAGUGGAUUAUGAUUCAUCCGGACUGUAACUUGAUCUUCUUCACUGUGGGACAUGGUAUCUGGUGCUACAACAUGGAUCGUCGGCAAGUUGAGCUGAUCCCUGAUACUGAAUAUUGCAUGGGGCCAUAUCUCCCAUAUGUGCCGCUGUAUUCAGAGUUACCAUCUUUGCACGAGUGA